AGGUGAAGCUCACGGACUUUGGAAUCUCCAAGGACCUGAACAGCACCGUCGGCGUGGCGGGCACCUUCGUGGGCACCGCGAGCUACAUGUCGCCAGAGCGAUCGCUGGGCAAGGACUACUCUUUCAGGUCCGACGUGUGGAGCGCGGGGAUGGUGGUCUACGAGCUCGCCACCGCGCGGUUCCCGUUCUCCACGACGAGCUUCAUGGAGCUCUACGAGGCCCUGUGCAACGCGCCGGAGCCACGCUUGGACGUCGAGAGUUUCCCUGCGGAGCUCUGCGACUUCGUCGAGCAGUGCCUCACGCGGGACGAGCCCAGGCGCCCCGACGCCAGGGCCUUGGUCGACCACCCGCUCAUCGCGCCGCAAGGCGAAGAAGAGAUACGAGCUCUUGGUGUGUGGGUCGCCACGCACCCCGAUUAGGAGCUCUUGGCUUCCCGUCCUGUGUUGCACUUCCCUUAUGUGCGCUCGGAUGUCAUACCUUUUCUGGCAAGAUGCCGCUCUCUGCGCUUGCUGCCCGACAGUCGAAUGCUCUCCAGUUGCGAAUUUGAUCGCCCAGUGCACCAGAACGGCACGGCAACGAAGCAGGUUCUGCACCUGGGCAUUCCGAGUGACACAGGGGCCGACUGCUGCAUCCGCGAGUGAAGGCCGACCAGCUUGAGAUCGAGCAGCAUAUCUGUAUGAAGAUAUACGCGCAUAUGCAGAAUAAGUCAUACAGUCGGAUCGAGGUCUAAGAUCGAGGUCGGCUCGGGGAGGGUACCCUAUUGUUCUUCGUGUUUGUUGGAUGUUCUCGUGCACCCUGGGGAAG